AUGUCUUCAAGUUCAUCUUCGGCGACAAGUUCUAGUAAAUCUGAUAGCAAAGCAGUCUUUGUAGAUGCUGAAAUCGACGCAUUCCAAGGUCUUGAUGUCUCACGUUUAUCAUCAGAAGAUAUCAUUGCUCGAACCCGUCUGUUAGACAAUGAAAUCAAAAUCAUGAAGAAUGAUAUUGUUCGGAUAUCUCACGAAACGCAAUCAACACGGGAUAGAAUUAAGGAUAACAAAGAAAAGAUUAAAGUGAAUAAAACUUUACCUUAUCUUGUAUCCAAUGUCAUUGAGUUAUUCGAUCUUGAUCCACAAGGCGAGGAAGAUGAAGGUGCAAAUAUCGAUCUCGAUGCUCAACGUCAAGGAAAAUGUGCUGUGAUUAAAACAUCAACACGUCAAACUUACUUUUUACCAGUUAUUGGUUUAGUUGAACCGGAAGAAAUGAAACCGGCUGAUUUAGUUGGUGUGAAUAAAGAUUCGUACUUAGUCUUAGAAAAACUGCCUGUUGAAUAUGAUUCACGUGUCAAAGCGAUGGAAGUUGACGAAAGACCAACGGAACAGUAUGGUGAUAUUGGUGGUUUGGAUAAACAAAUUCAAGAAUUAAUCGAAGCUGUUGUUCUACCAAUGACGCAUAAAGAUCGUUUCUUGUCGCUCGGUAUUCAACCGCCGAAAGGUGUUCUACUCUAUGGUCCACCCGGCACGGGCAAAACUUUAUUAGCUCGUGCUUGUGCUGCACAAACGAAAUCAGCAUUUCUAAAACUAGCUGGUCCUCAACUCGUUCAAAUGUUUAUCGGUGACGGCGCAAAAUUAGUUCGAGACGCUUUUGCAUUAGCAAAGGAGAAAGCACCAGCAAUUAUUUUUAUCGAUGAAUUAGAUGCUAUUGGCACGAAACGUUUCGAUAGCGAAAAAGCAGGUGAUCGAGAAGUACAAAGAACUAUGCUUGAACUGCUUAAUCAACUCGAUGGAUUUCAACCAAAUCAUGACAUUAAAGUCAUUGCUGCAACAAAUCGUGUGGAUAUACUCGAUCCAGCUUUACUACGUUCCGGACGACUUGAUCGAAAGAUUGAAUUUCCUCAUCCAAAUGAAACAGCACGUGCACGUAUCAUGCAAAUCCAUAGUCGUAAAAUGAACACAAACAAAGAUGUUAACUUCGAGGAAUUGGCUCGAUGUACAGAUGAUUUCAAUGGUGCACAAUGUAAAGCUGUUUGUGUUGAAGCUGGUAUGAUUGCUUUACGUCGAGGUGCAAUUGAAGUUCAGCAUGAAGAUUUUAUGGAUGCCAUUCUCGAAGUUCAAGCGAAGAAGAAAAUGAAUUUGAAUUAUUAUGCUUGA